AUGUCUGAUCCAAACAAUUAUAGCGUCGGGUGGAUCUGCGCCAUAACGACUGAAUACGUUGCCGCUCAGGCAUUCCUGCACGAGAGGCAUGAUGGGCCCAAGCAAGUAUCUGUUCAUGAUAACAAUAAUUACACGCUGGGCAGGAUUGGAACGCAUAAUGUUGUUAUUGCGGUCCUGCCUAAUGGCGAAUACGGAUUAUCUUCCGCAGCGAGCGUGGCAAGAGACAUGCUGCAUAGUUUUCCAAACAUUAGGAUUGGUCUCAUGGUUGGCAUCGGUGGCGGUGCUCCCAGCAAGAAGCACGAUAUUCGACUUGGUGAUGUUGUUGUGGGUGUCAAAAGUGGGCACAGCGGAAUCAUCCAAUAUGACUUUGGCAAGGCUAUUCAAAACCAGGAGUUCCACGAGACUGGAUUCCUGAACCAGACACCAACGCUGCUGCGAGCAGCUGUUAGUGGCCUUAUGGCACAGCACGAGUUUAACGGGAACCAACUGGAACAAGCCAUUGACAGCGCAUUGAGCAUCCAUCAACGACUACGAAAGAGAGGCUAUAAGCGACCUGAAGCGGCUACUGAUAGACUCUACCAGUCGCAAUUCGUCCAUCCUUCGAAUGACGAGAGUGCCUGUGCAAUAUCUUGUGGCGAUGAUCCGUCACAUCUUGUGGAGCGGCAAGAACGAGAAGAAGAAGAUGGCGAUGAUGUUGUGAUGAUCCAUUAUGGCCUUAUUGCCUCAGCAAAUACCCUGAUGAAGGAUGCUGCAAUUCGAGAUCGGCUUGUAGCAAAAAGGGACGUUCUUUGUUUCGAAAUGGAAGCUGCUGGGUUGAUGAACCACUUUCCCUGUCUGGUUAUUCGCGGCAUCUGUGAUUAUUCAGAUUCGCACAAGAACAAGAAGUGGCAGGGUUAUGCAGCAAUGGCAGCUGCAGCAUACGCGAGAGACCUCCUCCUCCAGAUAGCUCCAAAUAAGAUUGAGGCUGAGGAGAAGAUUAGUGAUGUUUUAUCUGGCAAGCCCUGA